GGAUCAACAGGUUUCUGAAAGGUUUCUGAUGCAUCAGGUUUCUGAAAGUACCAGGCUUUCAUGGCUACGACAGCUCAAAAGAGAAAUUCACAGUGGUAUGUAUGCCUACACAUGCCCGUUCGUCACCAAGGCUGAGAAAUUGCUCAACCUGUUGAAGCUGAUUCGAUAUAGAGUCUACGUAAACAGUAUCAUCAAAGCACAUCUCGAUCAUACAAAAUGUAAAAAAAAAAAUGGAAAAGACAAGUCAGUCACCUCUUAGGGCUCACGAUGGGAGCUGUCACAGAGGUUAGGCAGCCUGUUGUGAAGCAGGUCACGGUUUACUCUCCUGAUCACAACACAAAAGACUCCCAUCCCCAGAAACCCGGGGAGAUCUGUGCGACUGCUCCUGAGUUGGAGGGAAUCCGGAGAGCAAUGGAUACUCCGCGGUCACUGGCCGAAAUGGUCUCAGCUCUAGGACGAGUCCUACGAUGGAGGGAGCAACUGCUCUCCAAGUCACACAGGAGACAUCGGGCGCAUGAUUACAAGAAACAAUUAAAAGACGUUUUACAUGGCCUCAAAUUCGUCAUAAAAUGCGAUUUAUCCGGGUUAGAGUUUUCUAACGAUGUCCGGGAUGGCCAUUGGAAAUGUGGGUCACAUGGAUGCAUAGCGAUCCAGAAUAUAUUUGUUUCGGGAAGCGUGAGUGAAGGUACUGAGGUGCAUGUCACCAAGUAUGACUCAAACGUUACUGAAACAAUUGAAGCGUUUGAGUGGGUGAGUGAGGACGGCUUUGCUAUGCCGCAUUGGAUUGAGGGGAGAGAGGAGCGGAUGAUGACAGGGGAAGGAGAAUCAUCAAGCGAUGACGACGCACCAUCUGCUGAUACGCUCAAAAAUGCAUCUGACAUAGACUUCAUGCUUCUAGCCGGACCAGUGAAAUGGGAGGAAGGACCGCUGAGGGACUCUGACGCUUCAGAGAGUAGUGAGUCCUCCGGUAGCGAGCACGUUGGCUGCGGAACAAAACAGCACGGUUCCGACACUGUGCAAAAAUAUGAUUCAAAUAGAACAGACAGCACACGACCAGACAGCUCCGACAACAGUGUGACCCUUUGUGUAAAGAAAGUUACACGUUACCCGGGUUUCGUGUACAUCACUCAGAUUCUCCAGCGGGAGGAUGACACCUCUGUCAGACGUGAAUUAACAUUCAAAUCUCUCAAAUCAGAUAUAGCCGCAGCUAUGAAAGAAUGUGUGAAGAAAUUCUGGGACAAUAACAGGCCCAACAUUGAAGUAACCCUCGAUGGUGACAGCAUUGACCUCGUCCCCUGUCUCAAGUACUCCGAGAGGGUCAGUGACGAGUUUGUGAACCGAGAACGACCAUCGGGACAGCCGAACAAGGCUUUGGUGAAGAAGCUGAGUGAGAUGCCAAUCUACCUGGUUGGAAAAGGUUUUUCAUACGAAAACACAUUUCGUAUGUCAUUUUCACGUCUCGAGUCGGAAGUGAUCCGCUCUAUGACCAAGCCCCAGCGGAUCUGUCUGAUCCUGCUCAAACACUGCGCUGCACUGACGGAUAGUUGGCUGAGCAGCUACGAGCUGAAGACGGCGAUGAUGUGGGUCUGCGAGCGACGUGCGCCAGAGCUCUGGACCUGGGACGGCAUGCUGGAGUCGAUGAGGGCCGUCCUGCAGUUCUUACUCGAGUGUGCCGAGAACGAUGGUCUGCGAUGCUACUUUUCUCCUGAAAUCAAACUGCGGUCCGGAACGGUACAACUCAAGAUAUGGUUUGCAGUGUCAACGCUACUAGUGCUCUUGCCGCGCGCCAUCCAGCUGCUGCUGGCUGGCCUGCUGAGCUCGAGCCAGGCGCCGCUGAUGCGCCACCUGCUGAACCUCCCUCUGAACGCGCAGCAGAUGCUCUGGUGCUGCUGGAAGCGCAGAGUCGACGACCCCUACCCGACGCAUCCGGAUGAUGAAGGGAAGAUUGACCCGGAGGGCUUGUGCUGCCUGCUGUACCCGGCGGCGGUGGAGGGCCGCCUCUGGUCGGAGCGGUUCCUCGACACCUUCCGGUGGGAGUCGCUGCCGGCGCGCUGCAGGGAGCCCGACUGGUUCGCCGAGCAUGGCUGGGACACGGACAGCGAGGGGGAGGAGGAAGAGGGAGACAGAGAGGACACGGACAGCGAGGGGGAAGAGGAAGAGGAAAAGGUCAAGGAAUAUGAGGGAGAGGAGGAAUACAAGGAGGACAAGGACGGUGAGGGGGAGGAGGAAGACAGAAAGCACACUAACGGAGAGGAGGAAGAGGAAAAGGUCAAGGAAUGUGAGGGAGAGGAGGAAGACAGAGAGGGAGGAGAGGAAGAGAUAGUGGCCUGCUCGAAGAUGAGCAGGAUCGGAAAUGUGCUAGGAAGGGCACUACGGUGUCUAAGAGUGUGUGGCCAAUGCAUCAACAGAAAUGUUAACUCCACCAAUCUGGGCGGCCGGGAUAGCCCAGUCUCCAAUAGGGACGGUCAGAUUAACAUGAGCUUCAUCAGUCCGGAUGGUGAGACUACCCGACUCUAGUGCCUAACAAUGGACACGAGACCGGGUCAGGUAUACUCGACUCUGCCCGGAGACAGUGUGUACAUACAGUGUGCGAAGGGGGUGGGAGUAGACUUCUCACACUCGCUGUGAUGGCAGGGAAAGGUUCUCUCAGGGGUUUGUAUGCGUCGUUUGUGCAAUGUGUGGAGGGUGGGCUUUCAUUGAUGUGUAUUGUAUGUACAUAUGUACAUGCUUACGUGCUUUUCUGCUUUUAAUUAUCUAUGUAAUAGACCGGACCAGGUGUACUUGACUCUGCCCGGAGACAAUGUGUGCAGUGUUUGUGAGGAGAGGGGGCAGGGGACUUCUCACGGAAUGUGGACAUUCACUGUGAUGGCAGGGAAAGCUUCUCUGAUGGUUCGACAUGUGUUUGUUUAUCUAUCGCAAUGUGUCGGAUUUGUUUUGAUGUGUGUUGUGUACAUACAUGCGUAGGCUAUAAAUAUUGCUAUUUGUGCUCUUGUUCAUUUGUAUUACCCCGCAUGGUAGUUGCUGCUGUGAUCUGUAAAUACUUCUGUAAAUAUGCAUGUCUGUAGACUGUACCUACCUAUAUAGUUUGUGUACCUACAAGUUGAUCAUCAACACAUAUCAAAAUAUGUAUUUAUUAUUUUAAUCCUUAUGUUUUUUUUAUAUUUGAUUCAAACAAAUACAUGCAUAUCAAAAUGUA